UACUAUUACUAAGAGGUCCUUGUUUAUAAUUAUUUGUAUCUAGUAUAGUUCAGUCCCUCCGAGUCGAACCGUAUCGCAGAUCAACCUCUAGUUACGAACUUACUGCCUUUGUGGCACAUAUGUUCGUCCGAUAAUAGUUAACAUCUUGCCAAUCUACGGUAUAAUUUUGAACCAUCAUGGAUUUCUCCUGGUCCACUCCUCUUCGCCGCAAUGGUCAGACCAUCUUGCCUCUAAUCCCAAACGAAAUAUAUCUUGCGACUUUCGAGUGUAUAGCCCCAACUGAUCAGCCACUGAGAGAGCAAUACGUUGGAACCUUCUCAGCCCUCGCACUCGUGUGCCGUUUUUUCUGCUCCGUCGCGUUGCCGCGUGUCUUUGAGCGUGUCACAUUUUCGGGGGAUACGAACAGCAACAGGACGCAGGCUUCACGCAAGACGAAAUGGGCCAGGCAGAUUGUGGCAAAUUCUGAGCCAGCCAAAUCGGUUGCACUAUACGUCAAGAUGUGCACCUUCGAACUUUGGGAUCUUAAUGAGGAGGCGAAGUGGCUCCUCUUUCCGUUCGCAACGCUAUAUUGCCAAGCAAUGGCGCGCAUGUCGAACAUUCAAAAAGUGGUCUUCUCUACUUCUUUUGUGAAGAAAGAUCAUUGGGAAGCGCUGGCAGAAUUGAAGCAGCUCGAGGUCCUUGAGUUCCGCUCCUGCUCCUUCAUAGAAGAUCCACCUGAUAAAGAAUUGACCGUUCGCACUGUCAUGCUCUUUCGUACAAGAAACUCUCCAACUACCUUCACCCUUCGGCCAAUCGCAACUACUUCCAUACGCUCGCUCAGUGCAGAUGAUGUAGAGGCAGUCCUGAAGAUCGUGGCCUUUCGUCAGCUUACCAUCGACAAAUUGGUUCUCAUUCAACAAAAUUUCGACAUGGGGCUGCUACUUCACGUGUUUCGGCGUCUGCCUGACCUCCAGAGCGUAACCUUGGCACUGAAAGAAAGAGCGGUGGCUUCGUCGCUCCCAGUCAUUGGCAAGCUUCCACUGAAAAAGCACUUCACUCGCUUGCGUUCUUUUACUGUAAAGGAUACUGGUUACCUUGUGCCACGGGACGAGACGGAGAUGCUGAUAUCCGCUCUCUGUGAUGGACCUGGUACCCUUCCUAGCUUGGAGGAACUCAAUUUUCACUUCAUCACAGUUGAUGGAUGGACAACAACCCUCGACAUCAUCUCUGACCGCUUGAACGGGACAAUAAUACCGGCAUUUCCCAAUGUGAGGUACAUUAAUACUGAUGCCGGUUCCAUACGCUUGGAAGAAGGCGACUGGAAAGUACACUACUCGAAUAGAUAUUGAGUAGGAGUAAAUUCGGGAAUGUAUGACGUAGGGCAAUGUGUUUGCCUUCCCCAUA